AUGCGUAUCCAAGCUGUGAGUCUCACGCAACAGACCUACUGCUUCGUCCAGCCGAUUGGGCAAAAGGUCGGCGACGCAGAGCUCCUGUACGAAUACGGUGACGGAAAUAUCAAUCAGCGCGCGGCCAUCUUCCACUCCAAGAGUCUCGGAAUUGCGGUAGCAUUUGAAGGCACCGAGAUUUUAAGCAUUCUGUCGAUUCUCCACGAUGUUGACUUCUGGCCGGUCGACCCUACCAACGCUCUCAAGGACGCCGUGCCCGCAGGCACGAAGCUUUUCAAGGGUUUCCACAGCGCCUACCAGAACGUCGCAAAGCCCGUUUUCAAAAACCUAAAACGCAUUAUCUCGGAGCGCAACGAGACGCGCGUCACGGUGAUUGGCUACUCGCUCGGUGCCGCAAUGGCGGCGAUGGCUGCGAUGGAGUACCAGCACCGGCUGGAGCAUGGCGUGCACCAGGUCUUCGCCUUUGGCCUACCCCGCACCGGCAACCCCACCUUUGCGAAUGCUGUUGACGAUAAGCUCAGCGGCAAGUUCUUCUAUGCCGUCAACGGCAAGGACUGGGUGCCGCACAUGCCCCCCCGCGAGUGGAACUACCAGCAUCCCAGUGGCCAGAUCUGGAUCAACCCCAGCGCGUCCGGGAACUAUACCUACUACCCCGGCCAAGAAAAUAAGCACGGGGCGAAUUCAAUCGAGCCGGUAUGGACGCUGCAGGACCACAUCAACUACUAUUUCCACACUGGACUGGGCCCUGGUGUCGGCCAGUGCCCGGCCAAGGUCGAUGACCAAAAGUAG